AGAUCAUUCAAAUGAAUGCAAAGCUUGAAGAAUGAAUCAGAAACAAAGUCAAGAUGAGGACGAUUCUGAAUAUGAAGGAAAAUCAAAAUACACCUGGGAGGUCAGAGCAAAUGACCGGAUAUUUAAUUCAUCAGUUAAAAAGAAGACCUGGCUCUUUUUUAAAAAAAAGAAAUAUGCAAGCAACAGCAUUACUACAAGCAAAUACAACAUCCUGACAUUUAUACCACUGAGUCUUUUUGAGCAGUUCCACAGAAUGGCCAACCUUUAUUUCCUGUUUAUAAUUAUCUUACAGACCAUCCCUGCCAUUUCUACAUUGCCCUGGUUUGCGAUUAUGCUGCCUCUUCUUUUCCUUCUAGUGAUUAGAGGAAUUAGAGACCUUAUUGAUGAUAUUGUGCGGCAUAGAAGUGACAAAGCCAUAAACAACAGACCAUGUGAAAUUCUCAAAGGACAGAGCUUCUGCAUGGAGAAGUGGAAAGACAUUCAGACUGGUGAUAUUGUGCGAAUACAAAAGAAUGACUAUGUUCCAGCAGACCUGUUUUUGCUGAAAAGUUCAGAACCAAGCAGUCUGUGUUAUGUGGAGACUGCAGAUAUAGAUGGAGAGACCAAUUUAAAAUUUAAACAAGCCUUGAUGGUCACACACCAAGGAUUAUCCACAGAAGAAUCUUUGUCAAACUUUGUUGGUAAGGUAAUCUGUGAAGAACCCAACAGUAAUAUGCACACCUUCAUAGGGACACUGGAAUGGAAUGGAGAAAAGUACCCUCUGGAUAAUGACUGCAUCCUUUUAAGAGGCUGUAGGAUUAGAAACACAGAGACUUGCUAUGGACUGGUGAUAUAUGCAGGAUUUGAUACCAAAAUAAUGAGAAACGGUGGGAAAGUUAGAGUGAAGAAAACCAAACUUGAAAAAAUGAUGAACAUCCUUGUGAUCAUUAUAUUUGGCAUGCUUAUUAUUUGUGCAGCAGUUUUGGCCAUCAUUGCUGGAUACAGGUCUGCGUGGUUCAAAGGAAAGCACAGUUACAUUCCUCCUUUGGCUGAAAAUGAUACUCCAGCAUACACUGCCUUCCUUGUCUUUUGGGGCUAUGUUAUACUUCUGAGCACUAUUGUGCCAAUGUCUAUGUAUAUAACUCUAGAGCUUAUUCAUCUGAUCCACAAUAUGUUCAUUAAUUGGGAUGAAGAUAUGUACAGUACUAAGAAAAACACAGCAGCCAAUGCCAGAUCAAGCAGCCUGAAUGAUGUACUUGGCCAAGUGGAAUAUGUUUUCUCUGAUAAGACUGGAACUUUGACACAGAAUAUUAUGACCUUCAAAAAAUGCUGUAUAAAUGGAAAAACAUAUGGAAAAAGCUCUAAAGAUGAAGAGAAUAAUGAGGUGGUAAAUUUCAGCUGGAAUAAAUAUGCUGAUAAAAACUUCCAGUUUUACGACCAAUCUCUGCUUGAUAUGGUUUGUGAAAACAAGGAUGGUGUAUACAGGGAAUUCUUCCGUGUUCUAGCUCUUUGUCACACAGUAAUGGUGGAGAGGAACGGAGGAGAGAUUAUUUACAAAGCGGCAAGUCCUGACGAAGAGGCUUUAGUGACAGCAGCUCGAAAUGUUGGGUAUGUUUUUUUAUCCCGGACACAAGAUACCAUGACAGUAAAUGAGCUUGGGGAAGAAAGAACCUACAGAGUUUUGGCAUUCCUUGAUUUCAGCAGUGUCCGCAAGAGGAUGUCCAUUUUAGUUAAAGACCCUGAUGGGAAGAUAAAGCUUUAUACAAAGGGUGCAGAUGAUGUCAUUUUGAGGCGCCUUCAUUCUGAAUGUUCCAGUUAUGAAAUCACUGAGAAAGCACUAGCAAUGUUUGCCCACGACACUCUCAGAACUUUAUGCGUGGCCUGCAAAGAUGUAGAUAUUCCUGUGUACACAGCAUGGAGUAAACGGUAUCAUCAGGCAAGUGUGACCUUGCAGAAUCGCACAGCGCUGCUAGAGAGAGUUUAUGACGAACUGGAGACUGAUUUACAGUUACUUGGUGCUACUGCAAUUGAAGACAAAUUACAAGACAAGGUUCCAGAAACAAUACAGCUGUUGAAGGAUGGAAACAUGAAAGUAUGGGUACUGACGGGAGACAAACAAGAAACUGCAAUCAACAUUGGUUUCUCCUGCCGACUACUUUCUGAUGAUAUGGAAAUUUUGGAUGAAGAACAGAUAAGUGAUAUUCUAGAUGAAUAUUGGGAACAUAACAACAAUGUCUCGGGCAGUGGCCAAGAUCUUGUCGGUAGCAAUAGCUUCAAGAAGCACAGAGCAAGCUUGCAAGGGAGGAAGAUGGCACUUGUGGUUAGUGGAGACUUUCUGGACAGAAUUUUAGGUACAAAAAUCCAAAAGCAAGGCAAGCUCUUACUUCUGCGGAAAUGUUUCAACUGGAAGAGAAAUCAAAACAAACAAGAGGACAGCCUUAAGGAAUGGGCCUUUGUAGACUUGGCAUCCCAGUGCCAGACAGUUAUCUGUUGCAGAGUGACUCCAAAGCAGAAAUCUAUGGUAGUUCAACUUGUGAAAAAACACAAAAGAGCUACAACUUUGGCUAUUGGAGAUGGGGCGAAUGAUGUCAAUAUGAUCAAAACUGCUGAUAUCGGAGUUGGUAUAAGUGGACUGGAAGGAACCCAGGCUGUGCAAUCAAGUGAUUUCUCUAUAGCUCAGUUUUGUUUCUUGCAACGGCUCCUCUUUAUCCAUGGAAGGUGGUCUUAUUUGCGGAUCACCAAGUUCUUCAAAUAUUUCUUCUACAAGACUUUCGCAAAUGUCCUUGGCCACGUCUGGUUUGGUUUCUUUAAUGGAUUCACUGCCCUUACACUAUAUGAUAGCUGGUACAUUUCACUCUACGCUAUUAUGUUCACUUCCUUUCCAGUUCUCUCACUGGCUGUGCUUGAACAGGAUGUAACUGCUGAAAUCAGCCUGCUGUCUCCUGAAUUAUACAGAGUGGGGCAAUCUGGCUCCUUGUUCACCUACAAGACGUUUCUUGGUUCAUUCUUAAAAGGAAUAGCUACUUCCUUGUCUUCGUUCUUCAUAUCAUUUGGUACAUUCCAAGACACUGCUGGUCCAAGUGGAAUAUGUGACUACCAAGCAUUUGCAGUUACAACUGCCACCACCGUGAUACUGUCUGUCACUCUAGAGAUCACCUUUGAGAUCUCGUACUGGACUCGUCUGUCUGUCAUUGCUGUUGUCAUCAGUCCACUGCUGUAUUUUCUCUCCUCAUUUACUAGCCAAGCAUUUCCCUUGUUUGUCUUCCUGCCAACAAUGUUUCAAUUUCCAGGUGUCAGCAGAAACGCAUUAAGCCAUGGAUACAUAUGGUUGACUAUAAUUCUAGGAGUGGUGAUAAGCAUCCUACCCUCCCUUGUCAUGAUUUUUUGUACCAAACUUAUGAGCCGCAAUCAAAUCCACAGUAAUAUGGGUUCUAAAGCUGAUACCACCAGUGCAUCAAAUGAAAUUGCUCUGGGUACACCCUUCAAGAAAGGAACUGUGCAUCGCCGGUCUAGCUAUGCAUUUUCACAUAAAGAAGGUUAUGCUGAUCUUAUUUCUAAAGGCACAAGCCUACACAAAGCAAAACCAAAGGACUGCUGACCUCUACAAUGAAUAUAUUAAUAUAAUGUGUAAUAUUCCAGCAAUGUUUCUUUUUGUAUUUUUAUUUUUUAUAACUUGAUGUUAUGCAAUGACUUAUGCAUAAAUUGUCAUACAUGUAGGGUCAUCAAAAUGACCAGGCUGUUUACAGUGGAUACAAUCCUUGGAGGAAAAGCCUAUGUAUCUUCACAUAUCUUUGUCUGGUAUAUCAAGAAAUUGCCUUAGUCUGACGGCCCAUGGAGAGAUUUAAUCUCCCGAAAAAGAUCUCUGCUACCAAAGGCAACUAAUCUCUUCAAAAUGCCUUUCCACCGGCGAUAUGAAUCACCAGCUUUGCAAAGUCGGAAAACCAAAGUGAUGUGUAGGCCAUUCCACCAGCAAAUUGUUGAUGGUGGAAAGGCAUUUUGGAGAGAUUAGUCCCCUGUAGUAGCAGAGAUUGGGGGUGACUAAAUUUCCCCAUGGGACAUCAGCCUUAUCAAAACAAGAGUCCACCCAUCACAAGUUUCAGUUGUAUUAUUCCAAGUGUUGAUAUCAUAUAGAACUUGUUCCUUUCUCACAGAACAGCAUGUACAAGCUGUUGAUACCAUUGUGUUGCAAACUGUACACUUAUCUCAGGGACUUUAACAUAGAUAAGUGAGAAACAUCCAAUUUCAAGAAGAAUAGGGCAUUUCUUGGCAGCCUUAUGCACAGAAAGUCUUAAUGCCCUAUAUCUAUAUAUAUAUAUAUAUAUAUUGAUAAUGGGUGAGUGCAGAGAACCUUUUUGUUGUUGUCUGUAUGAAUGAUGUGGUCACAUCCACACUGAACCCCUGCCUAAUGGUGGUUACACCAACUUUCUCUUGUUUUCUAUAGUUUAUACAGGAGCAGUGACCAGUCCCAUGUUGUAGCUCCCACCCUUCCCAGCUGCAGUCAGGUGAUUCCAGUGUAGUCAAUAAAAGGGCAACCAUUUGGGGAUUUAAACCGUGAAAGCAAGCUUGCACAUAAAACUCAGUCCCUUUGUUAAAUGUAUAUUGAAGCAGUAGAAUUCUUAAUGAAGCAAAUAAAAGUGAGUGUAGGACUGGCUAGAGGGGGUGACUUUGACAUAGUUGGCCAGCUUAAAGUAUAUUGCAAUAUAUGGACAAACAAUUCCUGUUUUGUGGCUACCAUGAAAUGCCAUCAAAAUGAGAAUGUUUCAUUUUGAUAGCAUUUCUUGGUAGCUUUAUAUACAGAAUGUCUAGGGGGAGAUUUCUAAAUGUUUAGUUUGAUUUUUUUCAUGAUUUGAGCUUGAUAGGGCAGUUGGAUAAAACAGUUGGAAAUUACUAAAGGAUUCCUGGUUAAAUCUUCAAUAAAUCUGCCCCUACUUUUCUUAUACCUGGUUAAAAAGUUCAAAAGUUUUACAUGCAAUACAUGGACUACUUUUUCCAUUUUGUUUUUCAUAUUUGUCUUGAUUAAAAGCACUUUUGAAAGGAA